CCCUCCUCUCGCGUGCGACCUCCGGCGCAGUGCCGCGCACGGCCGCCCGGGGGCGCGGUGGGGCGCCAGCCUCCGCCCAGCCGCUCGCUGUGCUCCGCUGGCUCCGCACUCGCUUGGGAGGCUGCCCCGGCCGGCCGCGUCCCGCCGGCCCCAGCGACCCGCCCGUCCCCUGCCACGGCGCCCGCUCCGCCCGACGGCGACAUGCUCGUCCCCUUGGCCCUGGAGGCCGUCGGCCGGUGCUGGGGGCCCCUGCUCCUCGUUCUCUUCCUGACUGAGCCCCAAGUAGGUCCAGUAGCAGCCUUCAAGGUCACCACGCCAUAUUCCCGGUAUGUGUGUCCUGAGGGGCAGAACGUCACCUUCACCUGCAGGCUCUUGGGCCCUGUGUCCAAAAGGCACGAUGUGACCUUCUACAAGACAUGGUACCGCAGCAUACGGAGCGAGAUGCAGGUGUGCAUGGAACGCCGGCCCAUCCGCAACCUCACAUUCCAGGACCUGCACCUGCACCACACAAGCCACCAGGCCACUAACACCAGCCACGACGUGGCCCGCAGCCACGGGCUGGAGUCACACUCCGAUCACCACGGCAACUUCUCCAUCACCAUGCGCAACCUGACUGUGGGGGACGUCGGGCUGUACUGCUGCCUCGUGGUGGAGUUGCAGCACCACCACACGGAGCACAGGGCGCACGGGGCCAUUGAGCUGCAGGUGCAGACAGGCAAAGACGCGCCAUCCAAAUGCAUCAUGUACCCGUCCUCCCCUGAGGAGAGUGACAACAUCACAGCUGCAGCCCUGGCCACAAGUGCCUGCAUCGUAGGAAUCCUCUGCCUGCCCCUCAUCCUGCUCCUGGUCUACAAGCAGAGGCAGGUGGCCUCGCACCGCCGUGCCCAGGAGCUGGUACGGAUGGACAGUCCCAUUACUCAGGGAAUUGAAAACCCUGGCUUUGAGGUCUCUCCACCUCCCCAUGGGAUGCCCGAGGCCAAGGCCAGGCCCCCUCUGACCUACGUGGCCCAGCGACAGCCUUCUGAGUCUGGGCGGCACCUGCUGUCUGAACCCAACACUCCUCUGUCUCCUCUGGGUCCCGGGGACAUCUUCUUUCCAUCCCUGGAGCCAGUCCCUGACUCCCCACAUUCUGAGUUCAUCUAAGCCAGCUGAGGACAGUGGCGAUGCUGGCUGGAUCUGGGAAAGGUGCAUUUGAGCCCGGGCCACCCUGUGACUGGCUCCCUUGACCUAGGCCAUGGCUGGCCUCCAUCCUCCUGCUCUGAGCCCAGACUCCACUGUAGCCCCACUGCCCAGACCUUCUACCUUCUGGAUGCUACGUAGGGCAAAGGAGAAGAUGCUGGAUUGCUCACCCCUGCCCCAAGGAUGUUAGGGUGCUGGGUCCCCUGAGGACCUGAAUUUCACCACCUACAGAUGCCAAAUGACUUUCGUCCUAAGAAGUUCCCAGAUUUCCAGCUCUACGGCAGCCUGUCUCCCUGAGACAGGAGUCUGGGACUCGGCAGCAGACAGAACAAGGUUGGCACUGGGCAGGCCCUCCUAGUGCCACCCUCCCAAGCAUGAGUCACAGCACCAGAGGUGGAGAGAUCCCUGCCUGCUGAGAUUGGUUUGGUUGCCCUGUCCCCUCUCCAAAGCUGCUUCUCUGUUGGCCUCUCUCUUUGUACCGUGGGGGCUCUGGGUGGGCCUGCCAGUCCCCAGCCACUGGGGCUCCUCGAGCGGCCACCCGCUAGCAAGUCUCUGAGGAUCUGUCAACAGGUUAUGCAUCUAGGGCUCCCACUGCCUGCAUUUAUAGCCCAAGUUCAGUGGCCAGAGGCCCUGAAACAGGAAAUAAACAGUGGGCACAGUGGCCACUGUGAGCCAACUGGCAUCUUGGGCAAUUUGAGGCCAGGCAACAGGUUGUGCCACUCACUUCGGAAGACCGGAAGACCGAGAGGGAGGUGGGUGGAGCCUGCUGGGAAGGUGAGAGCAGAGGUCCCACUCUCCAUGUCCCCUGCUCCAGGGCCCAGCGAGGGCAACAGCAAGGGUAACUGUAUAAGUACUAAGGGGAUGCUAUUAAAAACUGCAAGGGCAACAGGCGUGAGCUGGCUAAUGAACUGAAAGCACCAGAUCGAUCCCUCUCCUCUGGUUCUGAUGUGCAGAGGCCUGGGGACUCCUCUACUUCCAGCCUUUGGGCUGCUGUUCAGCCGGUGACCUCAUGGGAUUGUGGGCGGGACCAGGACACAGAAGUGCUUGCUCCUCUCAGCUCCUGGACUCUCGCUGGGGUCUCCCACAGCAAGGCGCGACCUGGCUUUGUUUUUGUAUCUCAUAAAGGAGACCUUUGUGGAACUGUCA